AUGUCCUUUAUCGCUACCGCGACCAGCAGCUUCACUUCCUCCCCUACACCACCACCAGCGACCGUGGCUAGUACUGCUGCGACUGAUGGCCCUGUGAUGCUGGCUCUCAUCAUGUCAGUCAUGGUGACUUCGAUUUGCUUCGUGGCAUUCUUGUGGCAAUGCAUACAGUGCUAUGUUUGCUUUCGAAAAUUGAACUGGUCUCAGGUCAUCGUGAUCCUCAUGUGCCAGUGUGUACUCGGUGGAGUGUUCUCUGCCUUAUGCUUGGCCGAGUACCUACUUUCGAUUUCCUGUGAAUUUCGGGCUGUGGCUGAGCUGAUUGCCAUUAACAUCGGCGACUUCUUGCUGCAAGCUCUGUUACUGCAUCGCGUAUACGCUAUCAAGCGUUCCAAGUGGGUCCUUAUCACCGGUAUCUCUCUUCUUGCGUCGAUUAUCAUCUACAUCAUGAUCUCAUUGGCUGCUGGCCAGCUGGUAGCCAUCCCAGUCAAUGCAUUUGUAUGCGUUACCCAGUCUCGCGCUUGGGUUAUCUACGGCAAGGCGAUCCUCGAUAUCACUUUCUACUUGGCGGCCUAUGUUAUGUUUAUCCUGCAAGCUUAUCGGCAGAAAAUAUGCUUAGAACUCAGCCUUAAGCAAGCUCUCCUACACAAUGGCUUGCUAUACUGCCUUCUUGCAAGUGGGUACGGGUGUAUCAUGUCCUACUUUAUCCUCAAGCAUAUCGUUAUUAUAUGUGCACAAAAACCACAUGGAAAUCGGACAACUACUUUGUACCCCUCUGGCAAGGACAACACAGCAGAUACCCUUUCUCUCAAUCUUACUAGACUUGUAGAACUACCUGCUCCAGAAAGAAGGGAUAGCGGCAUGAUUAGAUAUUGA